UUUACGCGGCCGCGCGAACCAUUCACACCAUUUCCACGGAACAGACACAACCGGUGAGUCGUCCAUGUCACCAAGAAUAUUCUCGCUUUACAAUGAACUCGAUCAAAAACUAGACAGAUCUUGGAUCGCUAUGGUUUUUUUUUCUUCUCCUUGUUCUUCGUUUGCCCUUGCGAAGAUCAAGUGUCAGCAUUCAUGAACAGUGAUUCAAAGAUUUGUGGUCUUCAGUAGAAAAGAAAAGGAAGGUUUCACACGUUUUUUAGGGAGCUACUUUGUGGAGCAUGCCAAAAUGGUGUGAAGGGCGCUCUCCUGGAUCUGGGGAAGGAAGAAACAAGCUCGCCCAGAUCAAACUCCAGCGCCCAACACAUUCUCUCGCAAGUUUGCUAGGCCUAGAGCUAGAUCAUAGAUUUUUGUUUCCAAGUUUCUUGGGAUCCAGAUGGGUCGAGGACUCCAGCGGAGCCGGUGGAUGGGACUUUGCGUGGGAAUGUGGAUGCAAGCCUGCGGCGGGAUCUCGUACGCCUUCUCGCUCUACUCGGCGGAUUUGAAGCAAGUCAUGGGCUACAACCAGGAGCUCAUCGACGCGCUGGGCACCGCCAAGGAUAUCGGAGGGAAUGUAGGCAUUGUUUCUGGGCUCUUGAUCGACAGGACCUCCGCGUCUUUCGUGCUCCUCGUCGGUGGCUUGAUGCACUUGAGUUUCUACUCGAUGCUCUACCUUGCCUCUACAAAGCAGAUCUUUCCUACACACUGGCAGAUGUGUGGGAUUAUCAUGCUCGGCACUAACGGAGCAACAUGGUUUAACACGGCUGUUCUCGUCACCUGCAUGAGAAACUUUCCCUCGGACAGAGGCGUGGUUGUAGGCCUUCUCAAAGGAUUUAUUGGCCUCAGUGGUGCCAUCUUCACUCAGGUCUAUACUGCGAUUUAUGCACCACACACUGGCCCGUUUCUUCUAUUCUGUGCGACGUUCCCACCAAUGGUAGCACUUGUUUCCAUGCUUUAUAUUCGUCCUAUCGAUCCUCCAAGGAACAAGGACGAAUCAGACGAUCACAAGUUUACAAUGCUGUACAUCACCGGUCUCGUAUUGGCAUUCUACCUUAUGUGCAUCAUCUUGCUCCAGGAUUUCUUUGCCGUGAGGAAAGCAGCCAGCCAGUUUUUCAUGUUUAUCAUGCUUCUCAUUCUUUUGGUUCCUGGUGCCAUCUCUCUUCAUCCUGCGGAUGGAAGACAGAAGAUCCAUCCUGAUACUGAUAGUCUGUUCGUCAAGACACCGAAAAUGCUGAAGAACUCGAUAAGAAAUCCGAUAACUGUAGACGUUGGACACAGGAUAGCGGAGCUCCGGAAUGAUGGAGCUGUAAAUAAUGGCGGCUUGCCCGGCUCUCCUUCAAAGUCCAAACUCCGCCUUGGUAGCGAUUAUACCCUGACUCAAGCUGUGAGGACGGAGGACUUCUGGCUUUUGUUCUUUGCAAUGGGAUGUGGCACUGGCAGUGGUCUCACUGCAAUAAACAACUUAGCGCAGAUGGCCGAGUCUCUGAAUUCCAAGAGCAUAGGAGCAUUUGUUGCGCUGGUUAGCGUGUGGAACUUCCUCGGCAGGCUAGGAUCGGGUUAUAUUUCCGAGUUCUUCAUGAAACGGUCCGGAACUCCAAGGCCGGUUUUUCUUCUGAUUGUUCAAGCGCUCAUGGGAUCUGCGCAUUUGCUCUUUGCUUCCUCGGUUCCUUCGUUGCUCUACGGAGCAUCGAUACUCGUCGGGCUUGCUCACGGAGCUCACUGGACUCUGAUGGUGGCAACAUCCUCAGAGCUCUUUGGCCUCAAGAACUUUGGGGCUCUCUACAACACACUCAGCAUUUCUUCCACUAUUGGAUCCUACGUACUGUCUGUGAAGUUGGCUGGCUAUUUGUAUGACCAACAAGCUGCUGCUGCCAACGUGAGGAGGUGCAAGGGACCACAGUGCUUUAGGCUCACGUUUCUUAUCAUGGCCUUAGUCUGCUUGAUCGGUUGCGUUGCUCUUGUCCGCCUUGUGUCCCGGACGAGGCUAGUCUACCGUGAUAUUCAGAGGCUCAAGGCAGCUAGCCGAUGAUCAGAGCUUGGCUGGAAUUCAGAACUGCGGCAUACAUUCUUCCAAAUGCAAGAUGUCUAAAGCCUGGCGUAUGAAAACAUACCUGGGUUCUAAUUCUUCCUAGGAGGACCGUGUACUGCGAAAGGCCAUCGGGUCACUAAUUUUUCCCAGUAAGACUCUUGUUUUUUACAUGAAAAAAUAUGUACUGGAAUGGAAACUAUAUUUUUGGGCAUGGUACCAAGUAAGUUUUGGGAGAA